AUGUCUUCUUUUGAGAGUAACACAGUCACAAGCAAUACAUCAACAUCCAUGUCUUCUCCACGGCGAAAGAGGUAUGAUGACCCUAAGUAUUUAAUUCAGAAGAAGUUCGUCAAAGACUUGGAAACGUACCAAGUUGCCGUUCUCUUAGGGUUACUCAAUAAAGUCUGUUCAUUUACUCUCUUCAAACCCAAGAAAGAGUCUGUUGUUGGCAUAUGUUCUGCAAAGUUGAAGUCGAUCAACUUCAAUGGGGAUGAAAUAGAUAUCAUUCAAUUAGCAGAGAACAUGUACAGACCAAUUUACGAUAGAGAAGUCAAAAAGGGUGUCGCAAAGCCAACUGCAUUUAGAAGAUAUGAAAAGAACAAGAGAGUCUUUGUCCAUAACUUGCUCUUUGACUUGGCGCUUGAGCAUGGCUUUUUCUUUAACUCAAAGUUGUCAAGAAAAUCAACUAAGACGCACUCCAUUGAGCGAAUCGAAAAGGUAUUCUUCAACGGAAAGAUGAUCCUCGAUUUACAACACAUCGCUGUGUUUGGGAGCAUCCUUAACGACUAUUUCUAUAACAUCGUCAAAAAUGACAAUUGUGUUAUUGUCGCUCCACAUGACGAGUCUCUGUCGAACAUAUUGGUCUAA